AGAGAGAAAGAGAGAGAGAGAGAGAGACGCAGCUCCCCUCAGCAGUAAUUCAUGUUCGUCAGUAUCAGGGAGAAGUUGUCCUCUCGGUCUCCUCUCCUGCUGUUGCAGCUCUCUCUCUCUCUCUCUCUCACUCUCUCUCACACACACACACACACACACACAACACACACACACACACACACACACACACACACCCACAGAGGAUCGGUUAUGUGAUGGGUGUUGGAGCGGAGCCCGGGAGAGCUUUCCUUCGCCAGGGAAGCGGAGUGAUGAUGAGGAGCAGGAUCCUGCCGCUGACCGGGAAGUUCGCUCUCUACUUCAAGACGACGCUCAGCGGGGAAUAAAGGACCCACCGGAGGGAAGACCCACCGGAGGAGCCAGCGGAGGAUUAAAAUUGCUAUUUGGCGCGGGCUGUUUUCUGUUUUUCUUUUACAUUGAGGCUGUUGCCACCGCUCUGGGUUCUGGUCUCUGAUUGUGGUUUUGAUGAUGCUCCAGCUCACCUUCGGGUUGCUGCCUGACUGAUGCGGAGGCUGCCUCCGGACCGCGGCUCCUCUCUGCACAUAUCUGGAGUUAUUUGACCGUCGGGUAAACAUCACAUCCAGGUCAAAUGACCGUCUGCUGUCCGAGCCGAGUGUGACGAGCCUCACUGUGACAUGGAGACACCGGGACUCUGCGGCUUCCUCUAUUACUGCUCUCUCUGUGUGUUCUGUGUGAAUGCUGCAUUUACUGAGGUCCCUAAAGAUGUGAGUGUGGGGGAGGGAGAGGAUGUGGAGAUGCCCUGCGCCUUCAAAGCUGUCAGCUCGGCGCCCAUGUCUCUGGAGAUCCAGUGGUGGUACCUGAAGGAGGACAUGCCUAAGGAUGUGCCCCAUGAGCUGCAGAUCAGCGCCCCGGCCAACAGAGCCAAGGUUGCUCCGAGGGAAGCCACAAAAAUAAGUACUGUGCGUGUGCAGGGCAACGCCAUCUCCCACCGCCUCAGUCUGUCCAAGGUGAAGAAGGAAGACGAGGGGGUGUACGAGUGCCGUGUGUCUGACCUGUGGGCCGACGAGACUCAGGAAUUUACGGUCCACGCCGCGCUACGCGUCAUGCCAGGUGACGGCAUGGUGGCAGAGGAGGCCGUGUCGCACAUCCAGAACCGCUGGCCGCUGAGGAACGCCAACACGGCCCUGGGGGCGGGUGCGGCGGGGAGGGCCACCUCAGAGCCCAGCCAGGGCCUGGCGGGAGGUCCGAGGCUAGGGCAGGGGAAGCAGCGGGUGCAUCAGCCCGGACUCCUCCCCUCCAUCUCCUCCACCACCACCACCUCGGUGGCCAAGUCGUCGGCCUCGCCACUGCCAGGGAACGCAGCCAUCCUCCGCCAGCAGCACGGAGCGGGCUGCAGCGUGAUGAGCACCAUGGACCCCCUCCUCUGCAUCACUCUCCUGUUCCUGCAUAAGCUCCUCCCCUUCCUGUUGGCCCACUGAACAGACUUUAACCAAAAUUAUGUUGACCUGCAACAUUCUCACUUUCUAUACCAAACAGAAACCAAGCAGCAGUCAGUGCCCACAGAAGGAGAGAGGCUCACAUUAAAUGGAUGUAUGCCGCUGCAACACGUCACUGCAGAGAGUGAGAGCAACACAACACCUGACGGAGGAGACCAGGUAAAACAGAGGAGGAGGAGGAGGAGGAGGCUCCUCGGACAUGAGGCUACGUGAAUGUCGUCAGAGAAGAGUGGAGAGGAGACGUGUUCACAGUAACGGUGGAGCAUCACUAACGGCCUGUACAGCGCUGCUUCCUCAGACACGCCACACUCACAUUUCCUUCCAGCGUCUCCACUGUGAAUCCUGUUCAUCUGACAGCACACAUCACCGCAGUGUGUGUGUGUGUGUGUGUGUGUGUGUGUGUGUGUGUGUGUGUGUCCUACUGAUGAUCUGAACACACUCACUGUCAAUAGUUAUGAGGAACACAUGACGGCCAUGUUGUUUUCUUUGGUUUGAUCCAUGUCAGUCAGUAUACAGAGAUACUGUGCAUCAAGUGUGUUAGUCUGAUGUGUGUCAAGUCCACCCCCAUCCCACACCGCGCACACACACACACACACACACACAGUUUCGUUCUGUGUUCCAUCAUGUAAACAAUAAUCAGCUCAUAUAUUUUGACUGAGAUAAGUCACUUGACCAUAGUUGUUGUUAAUCACAUCAAUAAUGUUUAUUUUUAUUAAAUCUCUGGUGAUCAAAGUGACAUUUCAUUUCUAUGAGACAGAAUGAUUUAUUGGUAACAGCUCAGAUGAAGAUUUAUUGUUUUUGUAAUAAAAGGUAGAUUUCAAAGGCGUUGCAUGUUCAUGGAUUUCUUUCAGCACAGGAUUAUACACAACAGGAAAUAUACAGGAAAUGACUCACAUUAAUCCUUAUUACCUGCAGUCGUCCACACAGACGACGGCAGCCUCAGAAAGGACCAGGCCUUGUUUAGAUUUCCAGGAAGUUUGGUCUCAAUAGUCAUCAGUUCUAAUAUUUCAUGACCUCUGAUUAAUGCUCCCAUCAGGCCAAAGAUCAACCAAAGAAAUAAGUUUGUAUUUGUAUUAUCAUGAAGUUUGUCCACAUUUAUGCUCAGCAACUAUUUUAAAGCUCCAUGUUUUCCUUGUCGUCUGUGUUUUAUUCGAAGUGUUGAUCCAUUGGUUUUAAGAACUAAAAGGUGUAGUGUAGUUUUACAUCUCCUCUCUCAGGCUUCUCUCUGGAGCUCUAGUAACAACAGUCAGUGAGCCAAUCAGAAGAGAGGAGACUCUGAGCCUCUCUUCUGUGUUUCAGGUUUAACACUCAGAAAAACCAAAUCCUGCAAGGUUGGAUGGAUGGUGGGCAGGGCUUGGGCGUGGCUGAGCACUGCUUUGUUGUGACAUCACAAAGUUCCAGAAGUCCUGACGGCUGGUUUUAAGGCUCAGUUUCUGAACACAGGCUGUGAGCAUUUCUCUGUGGACUGAGGCUUUGAUACUUUCACUGUAUUAAUAUAGAAGCUAGACCUGCUUUAUAAUCAAACUACACAUGGACAUCUACCUUUAGACUAUAUGGACAUUUAAAGUAUAAAUUAUUAUCAACAUAUGGUCAUGGUCAUAAUUAAUUAAUCCCACUAACACACAAUUUUGUCCUACACUUCACCAGACUCUCAAACCUGUGAUAAAUCACUUGUUGCAGACUGAUGAACAUCACCUGCUCAUGAGGAGCUGCACAUCAGGAGAAAGUGACAGUCAUGUAUACUGAAGCUGUUGUGUUGACUUAUACCAAUAAAACCAUUUAAAUCACCUCUCAGGUACAAGAACCAGUCCAGUCCUACAAAAGAGCCACAUAUACGACUGAUUUCAGCGAUUUAGUGUCAUUAAUAUCAUUGUAUAAACAAACCUCACAGGUCCAGACCAGUUCUACAAAUCUUGAACAGACUGACUGAUCCCACAGACUCCAACCUGACCGCAACUGGACUAAAACCAGAUCUGGUUCUGGAACCAAAUAGCAUAUAUGGCUUCUAACACAAACUUAAUAUUCAACAAUCUCAUGGACAGAGGUUUGGGACAUUCAGUAUUUUAGUUCUGACAAACAAGAUAAUAACGCUUCACUGGUUUUAAUGGGAUAUAACUUUAUGUUAAAUCACAGCAGCAUCAUGUGAGCUUUAAAAUCCAUGCCCACACUGGAUGAUCCAGAAUGUGGUGUAGUGUAUGGUCUGAGUGACUGAACUGGUGUCCAGGAGUCCAGGUCCAGAAUGAGUCAGCUGGUCUGCAGGGUGUGUUUAGAUCUAGCUCCCAGUGCUGGUUGAAGAUGAAGACAGGAGUAUUGUCUUGUACAGCCUGUGAGAGCGUCAUUCAACAUCCUGGCUGGGAGAUCAGGAGAUAAUAUGACGAGUUGCUGAAACAUGAAUUAAUAAGACAGAUAGAGAUCUGAGCAGGCAGCUGCCCGCAGCUUUACACUAAAACUCCAUUUCCACGUCUUCUGAUCCAGCUCUCAGAUUAUUCCACAGCCAGAGAGCAGACAUGGUGUCAGACCGAGUCGCUGCUGAAUUAAUCUCAUCUCAGCGAGGCCGAACGAGGCUACAGAAUGUGACUCACCUGGACCUUACAUAAGCCACGGUGUGUCCUGUUGAAUAUCAUUCAGAUACCACGACCUGAGGGUUUCACCUCACCCCAUCUGUGCCACUAAAAAUAGGAACAACAGACAGCCUUACACUGAUAUAUCAUACACACCAGUUCAUAGAAGCAUUGACAGGUCAGUUCUGUUCUCCUCCAUCUCAAUUGAGUGUCUGACAAUAUAUAAAAUAAAUGAACACAACACAGGAGGGCAGAUGAUGAUGUGAUACAUUUACCUACUGACAAGAACAAAGAGAAAGACCCAGGACUGACUGUGUCACCAUCAUUUACAGUAGCAGAGACACAUCACUGAUGUUGAGCAGAUUAUUAAUAUGAUUAUUGGUGAUUGGCUGUAAUAAUUAGCUGAGUGUAUCGCUUAUUAAGGGUGUGCAAAACAAACAUCAAUUAACAUUAGAUUGCAGAUCUAUCUCUAGAGAUUCCAAAUCGAUUCAUAAAUUCCAUAAAAUUGAUUCAUACAUUUUUCAGUCUUGUAACAGCGCUGGUUUACAUUUUUUCCUGACAUGAAUUCAGCUCGCCAGUCCUAAAGAUUGCACCGUCUCGGUUUCCGCCCAGAUACUACUCCUUGGCGUGAGCGAGAAAAAGUGCAGUGAGAGUGAUGGAGAGACAAUUUGCGAGCAAUGGAAAACAUAAAGGAGAAAGGAAUUCAACCUGCCUCAUCCUCAUUGAAAGCAAGCAUUUGGAUGUAUCUCGGAUUCUAUAACCUUGAGGGGAUGAAGGAGCUCGAUAAGACCCAUGCCAUACGCAGGCUCUGCACCACUGACUACACUACAAUCACUACAAACUACAGGACUCACAUGGUCAUCCAGAGAUUAAAGACGUGGAUGAAUGACAACCUAGCAUAGUAAGUCGACCAAUGCACUCUGCAUCAAUGUCAUAAACUUCCUGUCAUGGUUUGACGUGACGGACAAUUUCUGUUUGGACUUUAUGUUGAUUUCCUGAUCUACUGUAUAUUGAAAUUACUUCCCUUGUGUGUAUUUAGUCUCUGUGCUCCCUGUCAGUUUGUUGGAUAUAGUGAUCCAUGUACUCAAGUUUGGAUUGCUUGCUCCCAUGCUCCAUGUGUUUUUGGAUUUCCUGGUUUUUGUACCUGUUACUGGGUGUCCACCAGUCUUGCCUCCAUUUUGAGUUCUGUCAGUAAGAUACUUUUUGUUAUUAAAAGA